AUGGAGAAUCAAAACAGGCCAGAACUCAGUCUCUACAGCAGAUUGCCAGAGAACGUCAGCAUCACCGCCGGACUCGAUGUUGAACUGGGCGCAGAGGCAGCAGGAUCCUCAAAACAACAACCCUUCAUUCCAGGAUACGUCGAGAAUUCUGUCGUAGACGGCUUCGAGGCCGACAAAGUGUUCUCCCAAAAAGUCAAGAACAAGGUCUUCAACCUCGACAACCCUAGUAAAACCGUCGCGGAUGCCAAGGAGGCUCAACGUAGACGAAAACGUGCCAACAAGGCUAAAGUCCUUACCGCCAAGGAGAAACGCCAGCUCAACGUCUACGAUAUCCCAUUGGCUUCACGGAAAUAUGAGCUGUUUGAGCCGUUGCAUCAGUUGUGGAAGGGAUACGUUGAGGAACUGUUUGGAACCUCCAAUCCUCUGGCAUUCACUCAAAAGUUGCUCAAGGCCGAUUUCCAUGGCGCCAUCAUCACAGUCGCGCGGUCAAAAUGCCCAACGUUUAUUGGGGUCAGCGGGAUCGUUGCGCAGGAGACUGAGAACGUGUUCAAGAUCAUCACACCCAACAACGCCCUGCGUGUAGUACCCAAGGUGAACAGUGUGUUUACGAUCCACAUCAAGAAUUCACUGUUUACACUCCACGGGAACCAGUUCCGCUACCGGGCGUCGCAGCGAAGUUCCAAAAAAUUCAAAUCACGACCCACCAUCGACCUCUAA